CAACCUUUCAAAGAACAACAAGGCGUUUUCGUAGAAAAUACUUGUGAGCAUAAGCAAACUUGCCUCUGCAUGGAUGAUUUGAAAAAUUGUUCACGGAGGCCUUGGAAAAUUGUUUUGGAGCAUAUGUAUCAGUCUUUAAGUGAGAGUGAAGGUGGUAUGCAUGGAUGCAUUCAAGAUGCACUUGAAUUCUUUCCUGAUAUUAAUCAUGUAGCAAGAGCUAAGUGUGAUCAUCACAUUGAGAAUAGAGAGAGCUGCAGUUCACAACCACAUAGUCUCUUAAAAGGAUUUCAGAAAGAAGCUAGUGGGCAAGUGGGUGUUGUAUCCAAUGGACAUUUAGAUAGCUUAAAGCAUCGCUCAGUCACUGAGAUGUGUCAUCAUGCUUGUUUUGAUAUUCUAACAUCAGAAAAGUUUACCUCACUCUGCAAGCUUUUGUUAGAAAACUUCCAAGAAAUGAAGAUUGACAGAUUUUUUGACGUUACUCUUAUAAACUCAAGGAUGAAAGCUGGAGCCUACAACCAUUCUCCUAUGCUAUUCCAUUCAGAUAUUCAACAGGGUUUGGGAAAGCUUCAAGCAGUUGGUGCUGAGAUGGUUUCUCUUGCGAAAAACCUCUCUGAUUUUUUGAGUUCUUGCUAUAGUAAGCAGGUGGGGGGUUUAGUUCGCAGCGCAUCUGAAGAUGGAAAACAAGAGUUCUGCCGCUGGGAAUCUGACGCUCACACUAAGGUGGAUCGGGGAGAGGAUUGUUGUGAAUACAGAACUUGCCCUUGUAGGCGUUGUGGAUACAAAGCAGAUGGGAGGGACUGUCUAGUUUGUGAUUCAUGUGAGGAGAUGUAUCACAUAUCCUGCAUUGAACUAGCUGUUGAAGAGAUUCCCCCAAAAAGUUGGUAUUGUGCUGCUUGCACUGCCUGUGGAAUUCGUUCACAUCGUGAAAAUUGUGUGGUGUGUGAGAGGAUGAAUAAGACUGUGGGCAAGGGUGUUGGUAAUGGAAGUUCUUGUACAAAUGAAGAGGCACUUGAACUGGGUGAUGAUUCAAACUGUGGUACAGGUGAAGAAAAACGAGAUACAAGAAGGUGUUUGACAAAAAAGCAGCUAAAAUCGUAUGGUACUACUGGCUGGUACUGCCCAUCUUGCUUGUGCAGAUCUUGUCUUACUAAUAAAGAUGAUGAUGAUAUCAUUAUAUGUGAUGGCUGCGAUUGUGCGUACCAUAUCUAUUGUCUGAAACCAGAACUGACUAGUUUUCCAGAGGGACAGUGGUUUUGCAGAUCGUGUGCAGAUAAAUUGCAUGCAAUAAGGACAGCAAAAAGGGCAUAUGAGAAUUAUGAAAACAAACAGAAAAAGAAACGCAGUGGAAGAAUAUUGACAUUUGAAAAUCAUGGAAAGUGGAAAAGUAAAGGAAUCAUGGGAUCAGAUAAAGGUGGAGGAAUGGAGAUGUUGUUAACUGCAGUCAAUACUCUUAACUAUGAAGAGGAUUUGGCUGGCAUUUAGGUCAAAACUACUAGAUAAUGCUGGGAUAGAGGGAGACUGUAAUUUUCAGUCUCAACGAGUAAUGUCUCACCUCUUAGGCGUAUAUCCUUAUGCUAAUGAUUUUCUUUUUUCCCUCGCUAAUUUCCUUUUGCCUCGUUAAUUUGAGGGCUGAUAUUUUGGUAGGUUGUAAGCUGAGUUCGAUUUGCUGAUAUAUAUAUAUAUAUAUAUUUUGAUACGCAUCUCAGGGAAGACUUCCUCCCCUUGUUGAAGUGAAAGGGUAUGAGAAUCACUACGUCAAUCUGGUAGAGUGACCAUUUUAAUAGCCAUUGUUGAAUAUGCAUGUUUCUAAUACUGUACCAUACAAGUACAUAUGUUUGUUUCAAGAGCUAUUAGAAGCUAAUGUUUUUUGUCAGUCAUUCUUGUAAAAUGCAGAAAAACGAGUUAUGACACAGCUGCUCUUGGUAAUCAAAAUUAAGGAUAUUUUUCUUUCUUCAAAAAAAAAAAAAA